AUGGUUUCCAGUUCAUUUGCAAUUGGUGUGCUGGGAAAGUCCGUGUUCAGCUUGGGCUUCCUUGACGCCAUCCUGGUGUGCCUUUUCUUCAACCUUCUCGGUGUAAUGACCGUGUGCUUCUUCUCGUGCUUCGGCCCCGCAUUCGGACUGCGCCAGAUGGUCCUGUCGCGAUUCUGGUUUGGAUGGUGGGCCGUUAGAGCUAUCGCCGUCCUCAACGUUAUCGCCUGUGUCGGUUGGUCCGCUGCCAAUGCCAUCGUUGGCGCCCAGCUCCUGAACGCCGUAAAUGGCGAUGUCCCGGGAUACGCUGGUAUCCUGAUCAUCACCUUCUGCACCCUGUUUAUCACCUUUGCCGGAUAUAAAGUCGUCCACGCUUACGAAUACUGGAGUUGGAUCCCGACCUGCAUUGUGUUCUUCAUUGUGCUCGGCACAUUCGCCCACUCGGGUGACUUCGUCAACAUCCCCAUGGGCGUCGGAUUAUCCGAGAUUGGCUCCUGUCUUUCCUUCGGAUCAACCGUGUAUGGAUUCGCAACUGGCUGGACCAGCUAUGCCGCCGAUUACACCGUAUACCAGCCCAAGACCCAGAGCCGCCGUCUGGUUUUCUUUUCCGCCUGGCUCGGUCUCAUUGUCCCGCUGAUCUUCACUCAAUUCCUUGGCAUUGCCGUGAUGUCCGCCACUUCCAUCGGUGAUGGCGUGAACAACAAAUACGCAGAGGGCUACGCCGCCUCUUCAAACGGUGGCUUGAUUGGCGCUGUACUUGAGCCUCUGGGUGGCUUCGGCAAGUUCUGUCUGGUUAUUCUUGCUCUGUCCAUCAUUGCCAACAACUGCCCCAACAUCUACUCCGUCUCCCUGACCCUGCAAGUACUGGGAGAACGCACCCAGCGCGUGCCACGUUUCAUUUGGACUUUCUGCGCCUCAUGUGUCUCCCUCGCCAUCGCUAUCCCAGGCUACUCCCACUUCGAAACCAUCCUUGAGAACUUCAUGAAUCUCAUCGCCUACUGGUUGGCCAUUUACUCCGGCAUUGCCAUCUCUGACCACUUCGUCUUCCGACAUGGAUUCGCAGGCUACUGCCCCGACGAUUAUAACAAGCCCCAUAAGCUUCCCUUGGGAAUUGCCGCUUCCGUGGCAUUCUGCUGCGGCGUGGCUGGCGUGGUCGUGGGCAUGAGUCAAACAUGGUGGGUUGGGCCUAUUGCUCGACAUGUUGGUGACCCCGCGUUUGGAGGCGGUGAUAUCGGCUUCGAGCUUGGCUUUGCUUUUGCUUCAACAUCAUAUUGCAUCUUGCGGCCGAUUGAGAAGCGUUACAUCGGUCGUUAA